AUGAAGAUCUCCCCCGUCCCAAUCAGCUUCAUCAUUCUCGCUGCCAUGGGUGUGGCUGCUAGCCCGCUCGACCAUGCCGAAGCUGUCGGCGUGAGAAGCGAGAACAACGUUCAGGUCAAAUACGAUGGACAAUGUCGGAAGAGUCAGAAUCAAUGCAGAUACACCGCGCAAAGUGGAAGGACUGCUAUCUGCAAGUGCCAGUUCCGAAAGUGUAGCAAGGACGGUGCCAGGUGCAACUUUGACUCUUACAAUAACGAUUGCAACUGCUACUAG